AUGGCUUCAGUGCAUGUAUAUCUGUUUACUGUGAUCAUUCUAAGUAGCCUAUUCUCUAUCGCGUCAAGUCGAUACAACGACUGGUGGCAGAGAGAUGAAGACACCAUCCAGAAACGUUUCAGACAGGAGGAGGAGAUUCGAAUAAAUCUGAAUCACAUAUUGGACAACAAAGAUUACCGUAGCGACAAUUAUCGAGAGCAUAAGCAUAAUGACGAAUCAGACACUGAGCGUGGUCGUCCUUCAAGUCAUGGCAGCACUGAAUAUGUUGUUGUGGAGCAUAAAGAUAGAGAUGGAAGUGUGGUUUGUGAUAAUGGCAGAAUAUGCGUUGGAGCUGGUGCUUUCUGCUGUCGACUGUCUGAUGGUACUAAAGGAUGCUGCUGGACCACGUAUGUCUACCAGUUAUGGUGGUUCUGGAUGAUAUGGGUGAUGAUCUUCUUCCUAAUCCUUGCCUGUUCACUUGUGUGCUGGCGUCGCAGAAGGGCCAGGUAUCGAUAUGUGGUGAUGGAAAAUUCACAGUACCCAAAUUAUGGAACUGCUGUACAUGCUGCAAGUGUUGGUACCACACAGCAGGCACCCCAAGGUUAUCCGUACCCAGGUGCACCAGCUGCACCUCCAGUUUACAGUCCCUCAGAGAAACCACCAGCCUACAGCAGUUAA